CCCUGCCGGACUCGUCGAUCUCCUCCAAGAAACCCCACGCAGCCACGCUCUCCACUCCUCUCCCCUGCUUUCGCCGGCGCUCGAGCGGUAGCAAUGUCGUCGUCCUCCAAGAUCUUCGCCGCCACAGAGAGCGGGCACCACCUUCUCAAGAUCGAGAACUAUUCCAGCACCAAGAGCGCCUUCCCCAACGGACAAGCUGUCAAGUCCCACCCGUUCAGCAUCGGCGGCCACCGAUGGAGCAUCCUGUAUUACCCCAACGGUAUGAACAAGUACUUCCCGCGCUACGUCUCCCUCUACCUGGUGCUCGAGGAGAGGGUGGCCAGCCCGGUGACUGCGCGGGUCCAGUUGAGCUUCGCGCCCGCGGCCGCGGGGGAGGAGCGGCACCUCCUCCUGCCCUGCUUCCCCAAGAAGACGAAGACGGCGCCGGUCAAGUCCGUUGAGCGGAAGCUCGGUUCCUUCGGCUCGUUGGGAUGGGCGGAAUUCAUCGAGAGGGCGGAUCUGGAGAAAUCGAGGCAUCUCGUGGACGAUUCCUUCACCUUGAGGUGCGAGAUCCUCGUCAUCAACGGCUUCCGCGCCGAGGGCUCGGCUCCGGCCGUGCCGAGGGCGUUCGUGACCGUGCCACCGUCCGACCUUGGCCAGUGCCUCCGUGGCCUCCUCGAGACCGGGAGCGGCGCCGACGCCACGUUCGAGGUGGCCGGCGAGACCUUCUCCGCGCACCGCUGGCUGCUCGCGGCGCGGUCGCCCACGUUCAGCGCCGAGCUCCUCGAGCAGGGCGGCGUGGUGCGCGUGGACAAGAUGGAUCCCCGGGUCUUCAAAGCGCUUCUCGUCUUCAUGUACACCGACUCCCUGUCCCUGCCGGAGACGACCACGAAGCAGGAGGAGUCUUCCGCCUUGGCGCAGCACCUGCUCGUGGCGGCGCACCGGUACGGCAUGGAGAGGCUGAAGCUGCUCUGCGAGGAGAGGCUGUGCAAGGACAUCGACGUGGGCACGGCGGCGAGCAUCCUCGCGCUGGCUGAGCCGCUCGGCUGCCGCGGGCUCAAGGACGCGUGCUUCGAUUUCCUCGGCCGCUCGCCGGCGAACCUGAAGGCCGUCAUGGCCAGCGACGGCUUCGCGCAUCUGAGCGCGACCUGCCCCUCCGUCCUGAAGGAGCUGGUCACCCUGGGAUCGGCGCGUCGACUGGUUCAGUGAUCGAUGUUCACUGUGGUAGCAUGGCAUGCCAUGCUCGAUCCAUCCCGGGUUUUCACUGGAUCGUUGCCUAUAUCGUCAGGUAGUAUUUCUCUGCUGGUUUCAGUAAUGGUCUUUGGAUUUAUGGCACCAAUUAGUUCUCUUGGUAUAUGACUACAUUAUGGAUAUCCUAAACUAGCUUCUUCUAAUGGACUCAUAACCAGCACUUUUGCCCAA